GUUCCUGGGGCAGCGGGGCAGUAAUAUUGGCUUCAACACCGGGGGAGUAGGCGCUAUCUGCCCCUCAGUGUGUCCCCUCAGUGCUGUGUGGGAGGGGCAGGUAGUGAGGGAGGGGCAGGAUCUGGGGCAGGUAGUGAGGGAGGGGCAGGUUACGGGGCAGGUAGUGAGGGAGGGGCAGGUUACGGGGCAGGUAGUGAGGGAGGGGCAGGUUACGGGGCAGGUAGUGAGGGAGGGGCAGGUUACGGGGCAGGAUGGCCAACUCAUCGGGGUCAAGCAGAAACCUGACAGCCGCUGACUGGGGCGGAUUCGAUGACAACAUGCAGGCCGGCGCGGGGGCGGCAGUGAUCGACAUGGAGAACAUGGACGACACGUCGGGGUCCAGCUUUGAGGACAUGGGGGAGAUUCACCAGCGGCUGAAGGAGGAGGAGGAGGAGGGGGAAGGGGCCCCCGAGGAGGGCGAGGAAGAUGGCGCUUUCCUUGGCAUGAAGGGCGUCAAGGGGCAGUUGGGGCGACAAGUGGCUGAUGAGAUGUGGCAGGCCGGCAAGAGACAGGCUUCCAAGGCCUUCAACCUCUACGCCAACAUCGACAUCCUGCGGCCUUACUUUGAUGUGGAGCCCAUACAGGUCCGGAACCGGCUGUUGGAAUCCAUGAUCCCAGUGAAAAUGAUCAGCUUCCCCCAGAAAAUCGCCGGGGAGCUGUACGGACCCCUAAUGCUGGUGUUCACCAUGGUGGCCAUUCUCUUGCAUGGGAUGAAAUCAUCUGGAACUAUUAUUCGAGAGGGCACACUCAUGGGCACAGCGAUUGGCACGUGCUUUGGCUACUGGCUGGGAGUCUCCUCUUUCAUUUACUUUGUGGCCUAUUUGUGCAACGCUCAGAUCACCAUGUUACAGACCCUGUCCCUGCUGGGAUACGGGCUGUUCGGCCACUGCAUCGUCCUCUUCAUCACCUAUAACAUCCACUUCCACUCCCUCUUCUACAUCUUCUGGCUGUGCAUCGGGGGUCUGUCCACUCUCCGUAUGGUGGCAGUGUUGCUGUCUCGCACUGUAGGCCACACCCAGAGGCUGAUCCUGUGCGGUACAAUGGCCGCCCUCCAUAUGCUCUUCCUGCUGUACCUGCACUUCGCGUAUCACAAGGUUGUGGAAGGAAUACUGGACACGCUGGACGGGCAGCACAUCCCGGGGCCCAUACAGAGAGUUGCUCGGGAUUUGCCAUUGGUGCCCAAUGCGGUACUGAACGCCACGGCGCAGAUCCUAUUGGCCCAGUCCCGCUGACCCCGCCCACACAGACAACCAGACUGCGAAUGACAUUCUCUUUACCCCCGAGUGUGGCAGAUACUGGAUUUUUGCCCCUUUCUGGCUGAACCCCCCCCAGCGAGGAGGAGCUGCUGUUAAUAUGGGGACCCCCUCCCUCCCCUUUAACCCCUUAGUGACAAGGGGGUGUUAAAGUUUUCUGUUAGAGAAACGUUUCCGUCGGUUCUGGGGCGCAUUCUCCUGACCCCGGGGGGCCGUAGCCCCCUCCGCUCCCCAUCACAGACUUUCCUGCCCCAGAGCCGCAGGGGAUCCGCUGGGAGUUGGAACCGUUAGACUUUGGGUUUCCGGAUACUGAACGCAGCGCCACCGAGGCCGUUACAUGGGCGGAGCUUAUGCAGUAACGUACCCCAUUGGCCCCCACAGACAAGAGGAGCCCCGACACCUGGUAACUGGCACCUCACCUGCCCGGCAGCAAUCUUUGCACCCAGUGGCACCCUUCUGUAUGAGGGCACCCUUGUACCCCCCCCUGUACCCCAAUGUGUGGCCCCCCAGCCCGGGGCACUACCCUUGUGUAUGCAGUGAGCCCCCUCUGUCGGCUCCCAGAAUGCUCUGCUUCUUGUCUCUGUAAUAAGCUCGUUACUAGGGCGACACUCGCUCGUUAUCUCUGUUUUAACUCUUUGUGCCUCUGUAUUAAAGGGGCGCCGUUAUCAAAAUAAAAAGGGUUUAUUUGUGCC